CAGCCUCUCCGCUGGGGCACAUGGCAUGUCUGAUGGCAGCUUUCUCCGUGGGUGCCGUUCUGAAUGCCAGUAAUUCUUCAUCUGCUAUGCCUGAGCCAAAGUCAAUAUGUGUUUCAGUAGAUGAGGUGGUCUCUGGUGGUACAGACACACAAGAGGUUCAUUUGCUCAGUGGCCAUUUAAAGAAGAUGGACAAUGUUUUGACAGAAGCCCAUCAUUUCUCCUACCUUCCUCGGAGACCAGCUGUGAACAUUGAGUUUAAAGAUCUCUCCUAUGCUAUACCAGAAGGACCCUGGUGGAACAAGAAGGGUUUCAAGACUUUGCUGAAAGGAAUUUCUGGAAAGUUCAGUAGUGGAGAACUGGUGGCAAUUAUGGGUCCUUCUGGAGCUGGGAAGUCAACACUUAUGAAUCUUCUGGCAGGAUACAGGGAGACUGGGAUGAAAGGAGAGAUUCUCAUCAAUGGACAACAUCGUGAUUUGCGUUCUUUCCGCAAAGUGUCUUGUUACAUUAUGCAAGAUGACAUGCUGCUUCCACAUCUUACUGUCCAAGAAGCUAUGAUGGUGUCUGCUCACCUGAAACUUCAAGAAAAAGAUGAAGGCAGGAGAGAAAUGGUGAAUGAGAUCCUGACAGCUUUGGGUUUGCUAUCAUGUGCCAGUACUCGUACUGGAAGCCUUUCAGGAGGGCAAAGGAAGCGUCUCGCGAUUGCUUUGGAACUGGUGAACAACCCACCAGUUAUGUUUUUUGAUGAACCUACCAGUGGCCUAGACAGUGCAUCUUGCUUUCAAGUUGUGUCUCUAAUGAAGGCUUUAGCCCAGGGCGGCCGGUCCAUCAUCUGCACUAUCCAUCAGCCUAGUGCCAAACUCUUUGAGCUGUUUGAUCAGCUCUAUGUCUUGAGCCAAGGGCAAUGCAUUUACCGUGGGAAAGUAUUAAACUUAGUCCCUUAUUUGAGAGAUUUGGGUUUAAAUUGUCCAACGUAUCACAAUCCAGCAGAUUUUGUGAUGGAAGUUGCCUCUGGUGAAUAUGGAGACCAGAAUAGCAGGCUUGUAAGAGCUGUGCAAGAGGGAAUGUGUGAUGCAGAUUACAAGAGAAACUCUGGAGGAGAAAAUGAACUUAACCCCUUUUUAUGGCACAGACCAUCAGAGGAGGAUUCUUCAUCCAUGGAAGGCUGUCAUAGCUUCUCAGCCAGCUGCCUUACUCAGUUUUGUAUCCUGUUUAAAAGAACUUUUCUCACCAUAAUGAGGGAUUCGGUUCUGACACAUCUGCGGGUGACAUCACACAUUGGAAUUGGACUUCUGAUAGGCUUGCUGUAUUUAGGGAUUGGAAAUGAAGCAAAGAAAGUCCUGAGCAAUUCUGGCUUCCUCUUUUUUUCCAUGUUGUUUCUUAUGUUUGCUGCUCUCAUGCCAACGGUCCUUACAUUUCCUCUUGAGAUGGGAGUAUUUCUUAGAGAACAUCUGAAUUAUUGGUACAGUCUGAAGGCUUAUUACUUGGCUAAAACUAUGGCUGAUGUCCCUUUUCAGAUUAUGUUUCCUGUGGCUUACUGCAGCAUUGUAUAUUGGAUGACAGCACAGCCCUCUGAUGCUCUGCGAUUUCUCCUGUUUGCAGCCCUGGGGGCCAUGACAUCCCUUGUGGCUCAAUCCCUUGGACUUCUGAUUGGAGCAGCAUCCACCUCCCUUCAGGUGGCAACAUUUGUUGGUCCUGUUACAGCAAUCCCAGUUCUCCUCUUCUCAGGCUUCUUUGUCAGUUUUGAUACCAUUCCCACUUACCUCCAGUGGAUGUCCUACAUCUCUUAUGUCAGGUAUGGAUUUGAAGGUGUUAUUCUUUCCAUCUAUGGUUUGGAUCGUGAAGAUCUUCACUGUGACAAAGAUGACACUUGCCAUUUUCAGAAAUCAGAGGCCAUCCUCAAAGAAUUGGAUGUAGAAAAUGCUAAACUUUAUUUGGACUUCAUUGUGCUUGGAAUUUUCUUCAUCUCCUUACGUCUCAUUGCCUAUUUUGUUCUCAGAUACAAAAUUCGAGCAGAGAGAUAAAAAACAAAUGUGGUAACAUGCAGUUCUAGACUGUUGUUUUUUGGUUGAUGAGUUUUCAAAGCUCAGUUGCAAACCAUAUUGUCAUCUGGCCCCUAGAAGAACUAGAAUGGAAUCUUGUUUCAGUUCUAAAAAAUAUCACUGCUGAUUCCAAGAGUUUCCUCUCCUGGAAACUGUAUUUCUUCUAAGGUAGCUAUAGUUCUGGCAAGAAGACAGAAGAUGUCUGUUACUAUAAGUGAAAAACAAGAAAUGUUGCAUCAUUAUUUCCUGUGGCACCUUACAAAUGUUUUCCCACAUAGUCUACACAUUUUUCCAGUUUUAUGAAAGGUGCCUCUUUAAACUGAAUGCUUAAAAAUAAAGAUGAGAAAUUUUGUAUUGGUUCUCCUUUACCCAGUUUUGGAACUUUAAUCAUAUGAGCUGGUCUCAUGUACCAAAUGUUUAAUAUUAUAUCAUAUUCCAGUAAAUGAUGUAGAAGAAUUUGAAAAUGCAAGAUGAGUACCCAGCUCUUUACUCCUAGCAUUCUGUUUUUGCAGUGUCUUUUCAGUCUCAUUUUCUUGUGGAAUUUCAGAUACCUCAUUGUCUGUUUUAUCUACUUUCUGUGAAUGCAGAAACCCAAACAGAGCAAAAUGGAAACCAAUCUCAAAUUUGAAUACUCUAGCAUAUUUUAAUAACACUUAUUUUAAAAAGAAAAAGGACUGCCAGUGGUUUGGUGUUUGGUAUGAUGAAUGCUUAAGGACUUAGUAGAAAGGUCUCUGUGAUACAUAUGUGCCCACCCCAGCAUUGUUUAUACAUAACACUGUGUACAACAAGACACAUCAAUUCUGUUUUUCACCAAUCCUUGACUUUCUCAAAAAGAAAUUCAAAUCAUGCUAUCUUAACAUUCCAGCAAAGCUAGGUGAUUCCAAACUCAUUGAUAGACAGUUUAUAUUUCCCCCACUCACUCUUUGCUGGAUUGCAACAAAGUUUAUCUAAACAGUUUUUGUUACCAGUUUGACAUCUAAUUGGACAAGUGAGAUGUGUAAAUGGAUGUUGAUUAUUAGAAGUGCCUACACCGUAAUUUCAAGCUCUAGCUGUACAUAACAUUUUGUCUCAGAACUUGUAUUUUGUGAAACUAACAUUGUAGGAAAGAAAGGUACCACUCUAGGCCAGUCAUAUCUACCUCAGUGCAAUGGGUUGAGGUUGGCUUACUAGGGAAACCAAUUAAGCUGUUUUCAAUCCAAAAUAGAUUUCAAGCUGUACAUUCAGAAACGAUCAAACGGCUGUUUCCAAACAGCUGGAUUCUAAGCAGAGGUUGUUCUUGAAUGGAUACUUUAAUCACUCAAGCAAGAUCUCUAGAGUUAAGUUAGAACAUUAAAACAAAAUGAAUAAAAGCUAAAAACAAGGCUAUAAGGCUGGAGUUAAAUUUGUUUUAUCCAUAUUAUAAGAUUUAAUAAUAUGCCCCUUCCACAAUUCUUCCAGACUAGAACAGGUUCCUCAAGUGCAUGGUUUAUAUUGCUGGAAAAUGAUCCAGUAAUUGGAUUGCACUGAUUGGCAAAGCUAAAGUCCUUUUCUCCCCACAAUACUAGUCUUCUAAUCUUACUUUAGAGUAAUAAAUAAAAACAUACAUAAUUCUUGGCUAUGUCUUUGAAGUAGCUUGCAGUUUGGCCCAUAUGUAUCACAGGAUUCAAAUCUGCACCACUAAUUAGGUACUUGUAGAUCUGCAUCCAGAAACAAUAAAGAACUUAUUUUGUAAAUUAACAGCAGAUAUACAGCAACAUUUGUGAUUAGCUCAGACAACUUCCAAGAAUGUAUUUACUUAUCUUGAACAAGAGAACCUCCCUCAUAUCCAAGUCUCUUUGGAGGGUAAUUGGCCUCACAACCAGUCAAUGGAUUGCGAUGGACCACCACCAGAUUUGGAAGAGCCACACAAGAAGUGCUUUCCUAGAAACCCCUCAGUUAUCUACUAAUUGACAACUAAGGCAUGUGUGUGUGCGUGUGUGUGUGCGUGUGUGUGUGUGUGUAUCAUAUAUUUGCAUAUAUCUAGGCUUGGCUCAAAACCUUAGCUAAAUAUGUGGAGAACAUCCUGGCUAAAUUCAUUCAACACACUGAACUACAAAUUAGCUAAUCACAAUUUAACUCAAUGCAUCAUGGAAUCUCAGCCUGUGCAGCUAGUUUAUCAUUCACUGUGUUAUAUGAACCCAGAAAAUUGGAUCAAUGGAGUAAACCAUGAUUCCAACAAACAAGUUUAAGCAUGUCAUGCAAAUAAAGCCAUUCAGUUUAUUGCAUUUUUAUGUGAAACCUGCUAUUUUGAGAAAUAUCAGAAUUAUGAUGUGGAGAUCAUAAAACUUUUGAAAUUAAUGUCCAUGCUCUGAGUUUCAGACUAUACAUAUCCUGCUUUUCUUUUAGGAGCUAUCUUCUACUAAGCUCCGUGCUCAAGUAUUGCUGAAAUAUUGCUAAACCCUUGCUCCAAAAAGAGCCCAACAAAAAUUCCUAUUUGUCGUUUUAAAACAAACUUUGGAUUGUUAUUAUCCGAGGCAUCUAUAAUGGUGGGAGAUGAAUUAUCACCUGUAUGUAUGUAUCAAUGUGACAGUAUUUUUGACAUCUUUUGUUUUUAAAUCAUACCUUCUGUGCAAUGUAGAUUCUUAGUUGUGAUGAGUUGUUGCCCUAAAAACAUACUUAUUUAAGACAUUUAUGCAUAUGUGUGGUUUUCUUAUUUUUUUAAAGAAAAAGCAAAAGUCAAUGCAAGUAAUUUCAAAACCUCAGCGUGCUAAAGAGUGCAUCUACUGUAUAUUAACAGUUCUUUUGUCUUGGUUGUGUGAUGCACACUGCAUUACUUUGGAUUCCUGUUGGUUUUGCUAUUCUAGAGACUGCUGCUGCUUGCACGCUGUGAUACAUUUGCACUGUUGUAGAUACAUGUAAACAUUGUCUUUUUUCCAGGUGGCUUGUUUAUCUUUUAUAGUUCUGAUGAUGAUAACUAAUUGACCUAUGAGUACUUUGAUUCAUGUAUCGAACUAGAAGAUUUAGGAUGUUGGGCAUUCUAAUUCUGUAUUUUGCAUAAACUAACAAAAUGCUUUGUAUAUUUCUGUAUAGUUGAUUUCCUGUAGAAUAUUUGUAUGUGCAUUAUUUUCCAGUUUAGAGUUCG